AUGUCCAACUCCGAGCUUGCCGCUUCUUACGCCGCUCUCAUCCUUGCCGAUGAUGGCAUCGAGAUCACUGCCGAUAAGCUCAACACCCUGAUCAAGGCCGCUGGUGUCGCUGAUAUCGAACCCAUCUGGGCUACUCUUUUCGCAAAGGCCCUCGAAGGCAAGGAUGUUAAGGACCUUCUUCUGAACGUCGGUUCAGGAGGUGGUGCCGCUGCUCCCGCCGCUGGUGGCGCCGCCCCUGCUGCCGGUGGUGCUGCCGUUGAGGAAGCCAAGCCCGAAGAGAAGGAAGAGGAGAAGGAAGAGUCCGACGACGACAUGGGAUUCGGUCUGUUCGACUAA